AUUGUUUAAAAUUUGGAACCGAUACUUGUGAUAUUUUUAUUUAUCAUUGUUUAUUGUUAAAGUUUUUAAAGAAAAUACUCAAGAACUAUGAGUUCGAUAAGUUCUGUUUUACACGAAGCUGAUAAAACGAUAAAGGAGAAUGUAAAAAAACAACGUGAAGAAAUAUUACUAAUAUUAAAAGAAUUAAUAGAAAGAGUACAAUUAUUUUCAUGGGCUCUACAGCAAAACUUUAUAGACACAUUUUGUAAUUUUACGCCUACCAAAAGCUUAGAAGAACUGAACUAUGAAAAUCGCAAAUCUAACAUAUUAGCCGAUUAUAACAAAAUAUUAGAAAACGUAAAGGUAGUGAAUGAAAAGUCUGAAACAUUGAAUGAAGAAUUUUGUGGUUGUUGUAAAAAAUUAGAAAAUGCUAUGAAAGUUUUAAAUAACUUAUGUGUUGUUGUGGAAGGGAAACAAAUUCUGAAUAAGGCAAGUCAUGAAUUCGGUAGAUAUAAUUACAUUGACGCCAUGGUAAGUGUUAACAAUUUGCGCAAACAACUGGCAUCACUUAAAUUUGAAGGAAACGCAUGUAAAGCACUAUCGAAACUCAACGAUCAGGCUGAAAACCAAUUAGCUAUGUACACUGCACAACUCAGCAUAGAAUGGGAGGACAUCUUUAGCUGGGAAGAGAAAAAAAGCAUUUAUCAUCUUACAUACUCUCUAUCAAUACAGCAGAGUGAUCCAGUUUUAAUACAAAAUGUUUUAAAAUCUCUCUAUGUUACGGAAAGGUUAAAUGCAGAACUCGGUUUAUUUUCACAUUUCUUUAUUGAUAAAUUAUUACAUAAUGUGAUAAGACACAACUGUAACAUUUAUACUGAAGAUUAUUUAGGAGCUUUAGUAUUUAAUAUCAAGAUAGAUUUAAAUGAUCCCAACAAACCAAACUUUCAAACUAUAUUCAAUAACUUAACUGCAGUUUUUGAAUUUCUACAAUCAACUUUAGGACAGUUUGAGGAUGGUAAAAACUUCAUACAAGUAUUUGCCGAGUCAAUUAAACAAAAGUUUUGCAACAAGAUAAUAAAAGACUGCAUCAGAAAUAACUUACCUUCAUGUGAUAGUAGUUAUGAGAAUUAUAAGAAUAUUGUUUUAGAGUUGGAGUCGUUUAAUAAAUUUUUAGUAGAUUUAAAAUUUGUUGAAGCAGAUGAAUCACCACUUAACAAAUACAUAGAGAACUCAGAAUGUGUUUUGUAUCGUAAGAAAUGUGAUAAAUUGCUAUCUGAUGUAAGAAAUAUGCUUGAUGAAAGCUUGUCUUUUGGAACAAUCACCGCAGGGAAUGUAGCCGAUAUUCCAAAUGAUUCAGUUUUGGAUUCUAGUAACUGUCCCAGUAAAGAUGGCUUGUGGGAACUGAAUAAUCCUAUUUUCCUAUCUAAAUGUAAGAUCUCAAAAAAUGUGGAGAAAAUAAUGGCAAUGAUAAUAGAACAUUUGGAAGAAAGUACAAAGCUUCCGGAAGAGUACAGCAGGCAGCUUGUUAUGUACAUAAGAGAUAUUGCUGUUAUGUACCAAUGCUUGGUACCUAAAAAGUUUAAAGUCAACUUGGAAUUUUGUCCUUUGGAUAUUGCAUUAUUCUUCAACAACUGUUUCUAUUUGGCACAUAGCCUGAUCGGACCACCCUGGAAGAAUAUUCUGCCUACAUGUCUAGCUGAUCUACUGACUACAGUACUCUUAGAAUGUAUUCAAGACCUCAGAGUUGUUGGUUUGGAAAAAAUCUCAAUAUACUUACAGACUCAAAGAAAUACUAUUGUUAAGAGCAUUGAAGAAACUGAACUACCCUGGACACAUGAGUCAUACCAAACAUUUGAUGCAGCAAUAAAAAGUUCAUUAAACCUUAUGAAGGAUCUUAAAAGCAGCUGGUACAAUGUUCUUCCCAUUAGAAUGUACGAGCUGUCUAUCUGUACUUUAGCCCAAGCUCUGUGUCAAGCAAUGUUGGACCGAUUAUUUGCAGAUAGUAAGCCAAUAACUGAAGAGUUAGUUUACAUGUUGGCCGUUAGAUUUGAAGAUACUAUGGCUGAAAUUAUUUCAUUAUUUGAAGAGGAGGUAGAAUUGGAUAAUAAAAUUAAUAUAUGGGUGAAGUUCAGUAAAAUGCCGCAGCUUUUAAAAGCUCAGUUGCUUGAAAUAACGGAUCUGUGGCAUACAGAUAAGCUAUUACUGCAAUACUACGCGUGUGAAGAGAUUAGGCAGAUUACGGCAUUCCUGAUCAUUGCGUUAGCGAUCGUCGUCAACGAUGGUGGCGCGACGGUACAGAACAAAAGCGGAAAAGACCAGCUAGCCGAGGAGGCGAAGAAUAAACUUGUGACUAUUAUAAACGGCCCAACGUACGUAAACCUAACCUCAACACCCAAGCCACAGCCGUCGCGACUCGCUAUAACUAACUACACUUAUAAGCCUGAACUGAGACCACCAAGCAAACCGCCAAUUAGACCCUCUCACAACGCUAAGAAAAAGCUAUUAGAAAUACCACAACAGUACUACGGCCAAAUACCAAGACUACCUACAGAAAACUCAUACCCAAUAUCACCACAUAAAUUACACUCAUACCAAAAAUCAUUGAUCAGGUUUCCUCGAGUCAUACCAUUACCUGGACAUCAUUAUUAUAAGACUCAAACACCGAAACCACCACUCGUAUUCGCCGCGUCGACUGGCAAGUCGUACGUAGCGAAAAGCCCAAAAUUUAGUUUACCCGUUCAGACUAUUAACGGCAUAAGAUCAGACUGGGUCAGACCACCAAUAUUUAAUUACACCACCCUAACGACCACAACAACCCCGACGACUACGACUAGAGUGUUGAGGACAAAGAGAAUAUGGCCUAAGAGAAUUCUAGAGAAGAUGAACGCGACUGCUAGCAACACGACGGAGUCUUCAAACAUGACUGAAACGAAAAGUAGUACCAACUCAACAGACCACGCACCAUCUGAGAGCACACAUAUACGAUUUAAGUUUCUCAAAACAAUUAAUAAUAUAAGUCAAUCCUCAACUACAACUACAACUACUACAGCUCAGCCUACCGCCAGAGGCUACCGCCGAUUUACGAGGGUUCCCAAAAAAAAAGUAAAAAGUAACUUCGACGAAAUUAACGACUGGAUACCAAUAAUACCAACGCACUAUCCUAUAUUCAAACAAAAGGCUCAAACGCCGAUAAGCAGACGAUCAGACGUUUUUUAUCCACAACCAAAAUUAACGUACACACCGAGAAAACAGACGCUACUCUUUCCUUCGUACGGACUGGUGCCGGCCAAUAAUGCCGCAAAAACAUUAACACCGGCGCUGGAGAGGAAAAAAAUGGUUUUCUUCAAGAGAAAACAACUGAAUCCCUAUCUGUAUUCUGCUUACAGCUCACGGGGGCUGCACUCGCCCACGCCGUUUAUAGUCGCCGGCCUGCAAACACACCAAGCCCCCUCUCCGCCUCCAAAAGUUUUCACCAAAAUAAAGCACCAUCACCAUCAUCAUCACCACAGAUACGUCAAAACUGUGAAAAAACCCAUUCGAGUCCCGUACAAGGUGGAAGUGCCUAAACCCUAUCCGGUCGAAAAGAAAGUGCCCGUUCCGGUCACGGUUGAAAAGGUGAAAAUAGUGGACAGACCCUAUCCGGUCAAGGUCGAAAAGAAAGUUCCAUAUCCGGUGGAGGUUAAAGUUCCACAUCCUGUACCGGUCAAAGUUGUGGAGAAGGAAUAUAUUCCAAAACCGUACCCGAUCAUUCAUCACGUGCCAAUAGUAAAGGAAGUCAAAGUCCCACAUCCGGUUCCAUACCCGGUAGAGAAGAAAGUGCCUUAUCCGGUUCACGUUCGGGUGCCCGUGGAUAGACCCGUACCAUUUCCGGUCGAAAAGAAAGUGCCUUACCCCGUCCCCGUAAAAGUGUUUGUACCCAAACCGUAUCCGGUUGAAAAGAAAGUACCGUAUCCUGUUGAAGUAAGAGUGAAAGAACCGGUGGAAGUAAUAAAACACGUAGCCGUCAGAGUGCCUGUGCCACAGCCGUAUCCUGUUGAAGUUCCACGUCCAGUACAAGUGACAGUUGAGAAAAGAGUGCCCUACCCGGUGGAGGUUGAGAAAAAAGUUCCAGUAGAAGUUUACAUCCCUCAGAGAGUGGAAGUUGAGAAACGUGUGCCGGUGUAUGUGCCGAGACCUUAUCCGGUUGAAAAAAAGGUUCCGUAUCCGGUUAAAGUUCCUUAUCCGGUAAAAGUACCAGUUAAAGUUCCGGUUAAGGUGCCAGUUGAGGUUCCGAUUUUCAUUCAUCAUCCUUUGGUUUACAGCAAUGAUCGUUCCUUCGUUAGUAAAGGAGGUGAUAACUUUGUCAGGGAAGCGGCCACUUCUGAAGAGACUUCAACGGAUACUCCAGAGCAUACGGUUACAGUUCACGGGAAUACUGGUUUCACAGGGUUCAAAACCGUGACAGAAGAUGGCGUUACCUCAACUUCAACGGAAACUCCGUGACGCUAGAGAAUUUAUUUAUAUUGAAAUCAAGACUCAUUAGUUUACAAUAUAGGUUUAUUUUAGUAUCUAAUAGAAACAAUAAAGCGUUGCGCUUGUUAUUUGUUGGAACGCUGUGUGUAUGAGUAAAUGAGUGAUGCUGUGAUACUAUUUUUUGUCUUUUUAAGAAUUUUGGAGAUCUAUUUGCUUCAUACCGGUUUUUCCUACUAACAUGAAACAAGUUUCUACCAACACAAUCUCGUUAAGUAGUACUAUUUGUUCCUAUUACAAUAAAAACAACGUAUAGGUAACUUCACGCAUGUAUCUUAAAAAACAUAUUGCAUAUAACUUUUUCUUUCGAUAGCAUUGCGAGUUUCGUUGUAUUGUAGACGCAUGUUGCGUUUUCGCGAACCAAGUGGACCGAAACAGUAUACUUUCGUUCAACACUUCCUAUUCCUCAUUCAAUAGUUUUGACGCUUCAGUGAUUAGAUCGAAAUGAUAAUCAUUAUAUGUAAAUGCGUAAGGGCAGGAAUACACGUCAGUCAAAUGUAGCUUGAAUGCCAGUUUACGGGAAUUUAUGUCAGUAUCCUUUGUAAAACUCCUCAUCUCCUUCCUUAACUAUCACAAAGUCCAAUAUCGUGCUAUCCACUGGCAUACCAGUUAGCAUAUGCCUGUAUCUGGCAUAUACAUUUGCACAUGUACAACUUGCAUGGAAGUUUUUAGCUAGAGAUGAGUUGCCGAACUUUAAAUGAGAACACUUUACUUGUAAUCUCAGGUGUGUUUUGCUUGCUUAUUGUGCUGAGUGACUGAACAAAAUACAGAAAAUUUAUAUUAAACAACCAACUAAUGGACCAACCUACUAGUGGAAAUUCACAGGUCAUGGAUAACUAUAAAAACUAAUAAUUUACUUCAAAACUGUAGAUAACUUAAACAAGUGUUAAACAAAGUUACAAAAGGUCACAAUUACACUCUUUAUAGAUUUUUUAAACAAAUUAAUCCUUAACAAGAUAAUGAAAACAA